AUGAACUCUGCCAUCCCCACCUGUGAGCACCCCAACCCCUUGCAGAGGGGUGAUGGUGUGCUCAGCUCCCAUGAAGGUGACAAAGGCAGGAAGAAGGAUGGCCAGCUCAAGAGUCCCAGCAGCAGCCACCUGGCUUAUGGCAUCCUGGAUAUCCCACCAUGGUAUCUCUGCAUCUUCUUGGGGAUCCAGCACUUCCUCACGGCCCUAGGGGGGCUUGUGGCAGUGCCGCUCAUCCUGGCUAAGGGCCUGUGUUUGCAGCAUGAUCCCCUGACCCAGAGCUACCUCAUCAGCACCAUUUUCUUCGUCUCUGGCAUCUGCACCCUCCUGCAAGUAUUUUUAGGAAUCAGGCUGCCCAUUCUCCAGGGAGGGACAUUUGCUUUUUUGGGACCCUCCCUGGCCAUGCUGUCUCUUCCCACCUGGACGUGCCCCACGUGGACCCUCAAUGCCAGCCAGGUGAACACCAGCUCACCUGAAUUCACUGAGGAAUGGCAGAAGAGGAUCCGAGAGCUGCAGGGAGCCGUCAUGGUUGCCUCCUGUGUCCAGAUGCUGGUGGGCUUCUCCGGCCUCAUUGGCUUCCUCAUGCGCUUCAUCGGCCCCUUGACCAUUGCUCCCACAAUCUCCCUGGUGGCCCUGCCUCUCUUCGAUUCCGCGGGUGACGACGCCGGGAUCCACUGGGGGAUUGCUGCCACGACCAUCUUCCUCAUCGUGCUGUUUUCUCAGUACCUGAAAAACAUCGCAGUGCCCGUGCCCGUUUAUGGACGAGAGAAGAAGUGUCACACCUCUAAGUUCUACCUGUUUCAGGUCUUCCCUGUACUGCUGGGGCUCUGCAUCUCGUGGCUGCUCUGCUUUGUGCUCACAAUCACCGAAGCCCUCCCUUCAGCACCCACAGCCUACGGGUACCUGGCCCGCACUGACACCAAAGGCAACGUCCUGAGCCAGGCUCCGUGGUUUCGCUUCCCUUACCCAGGUCAGUGGGGCCUCCCCACCAUCAGCCUGGCUGGGGUCUUUGGGAUCAUUGCAGGGGUAAUCUCCUCAAUGGUGGAGUCAAUAGGCGAUUAUUAUGCCUGUGCCCGCCUGGUGGGGGCACCACCCCCUCCGAAGCACGCCAUCAACCGAGGCAUCGGCAUCGAGGGCCUGGGCUGCCUGCUGGCAGGGGCCUGGGGGACAGGGAACGGCACCACCUCCUACAGCGAGAAUGUGGGCGCACUGGGCGUCACCAAGGUAGGAAGCAGGAUGGUGAUUGUCGUUGCGGGCUGCGUGCUGCUCCUGAUGGGCAUAUUUGGGAAGAUCGGGGCUGCAUUUGCCACCAUCCCGACACCUGUGAUCGGAGGCAUGUUCCUGGUGAUGUUCGGGGUCAUCACUGCCGUGGGGAUUUCCAAUCUGCAGUACGUGGACUUGAACUCAUCCAGAAACCUCUUCAUCUUUGGCUUCUCCAUCUUCUGUGGGCUUGCCAUUCCCAACUGGGUGAACAAGAAUCCAGAGAGGCUCCACACAGGGAUUAUUCAGCUGGACCAAGUCAUCCAGGUGCUGCUGACCACGGGCAUGUUUGUUGGUGGAUUUCUGGGAUUUCUGUUGGACAACACCAUCCCUGGAAGUCUGGAGGAGAGAGGCCUUCUGGCAUGGAAUCAAGUCCAGGAGGAGUCUGAGGAGACUACGAAGGCUUUGGAGGUCUACGGCCUCCCCUGGGGGAUCGGCACCAGGUUCUGCACGUCCUCCUGCGCCCAGUACCUCCCCUUCUGGCCCCGGGAAGGCGCGGUGGGAGUGAGCCAGCUCUCGCUCUGGCCCUGGGACUCCUCAGGAGAGCGGCCCCCGAGCGCCACAGACACCCGGAUGUGA